UGAGAGAAGCGAAGUGGUAGAAACCCUAAUAAGAAGCUCUUCUUGACUUUAUCCCACUCUUCUUCUUACAAGCAAACACACACUGCUCCUCAAUUCAAUCUUUUCAUAGGUAGCAUACAUUUGUUUGUUGUGUGUCAUCCCUUAAAAUGGCAGAUCAGGAAUCAGAUAAGAAUAUCGAGAUAUGGAAAAUCAAAAAGUUGAUCAAGGCGUUGGAGUCAGCUAGGGGUAAUGGUACGAGCAUGAUUUCUCUUAUUAUGCCUCCUCGUGAUCAGAUAUCUCGAGUUACAAAGAUGUUGGGGGAUGAAUUCGGUACUGCUUCCAAUAUUAAAAGUAGGGUUAACCGUCAGUCUGUCUUGGGUGCCAUCACAUCGGCUCAACAGAGGCUGAAGCUCUAUAACAAGGUGCCUCCUAAUGGUCUAGUGCUUUAUACUGGCACUGUUGUUACUGAUGAAGGCAAGGAAAAAAAGGUUACAAUUGAUUUUGAGCCUUUCAAGCCUAUUAACGCGUCUCUUUACCUGUGUGACAACAAGUUUCACACGGAAGCACUUAAUGAACUUCUAGAAUCUGAUGACAAAUUUGGUUUUAUUGUCAUGGAUGGUAAUGGAACUCUGUUUGGAACUUUAAGUGGUAACACUCGGGAAGUUCUGCACAAAUUUACUGUUGAUUUGCCAAAGAAGCAUGGAAGAGGAGGGCAGUCUGCUUUGCGUUUUGCGCGUCUUCGGAUGGAAAAACGGCACAACUAUGUGAGGAAAACUGCCGAGCUUGCCACACAGUUCUAUAUCAAUCCUGCUACCAGUCAGCCGAAUGUUUCUGGGCUGAUAUUGGCUGGUUCCGCAGACUUCAAGACUGAGUUGAGCCAGUCUGAUAUGUUUGACCCUCGUUUGCAAGCGAAGAUUUUGAAUGUUGUUGAUGUUUCUUAUGGAGGGGAGAAUGGUUUCAACCAAGCUAUUGAGCUGUCAGCCGAAAUUCUAUCGAAUGUAAAGUUCAUACAGGAGAAACGCUUGAUUGGGAAAUAUUUUGAGGAGAUCAGUCAGGAUACGGGGAAGUAUGUCUUUGGUGUAGAUGACACAUUGAAGGCUCUAGAAAUGGGCGCUGUUGAAACCCUUAUUGUAUGGGAAAAUCUGGAUAUUAAUCGGUAUGUGUUGAAAAACAGUGUUACAUCUGAAAUUGUUAUAAAGCACUUGAACAAGGAGCAAGAGGCUGAUCAGAGUAACUUCAGAGAUGCAGCCAGUGCUGCGGAGUUGGAGGUUCAGGAGAAGAUGCCCUUGCUCGAAUGGUUUGCUAAUGAAUACAAGCGUUUUGGUUGCUCGCUUGAAUUUGUUACAAACAAAUCUCAAGAAGGAUCACAGUUUUGCAGAGGGUUUGGUGGGAUGGGGGGUAUUCUUCGCUACCAGCUUGACAUGAGAACGUUUGAUGAGUUGUCUGAUGGAGAAGUGUAUGAGGAUUCAGAUUAAGAAUGUAUACGACUACCUUGUACCAGUGUUUCGGCAUCAUCAUCAUCUCUUCCCAAGACACCUUCCUCCUUGUCGAUCUCUUUUUGAAGACAUCUUCUGGGACAGUUCUGCAUGAAACUUGAUAUAGAUAGUUUUGUUUUGCUGUUUCGACAUGUUCUCUUUCGUUUGUCUUUUUUAUUGUGGUAUAUCUUGUCUUUUUCACCUCUUGAGCGAUUGAGAAUUUGUGCAAGUUGCUAAACUAUUUGGUUAUUCUGUGCGGAGUUGCUAAUAUAGAAUGGAGAAAUUGCUGUGGACAUACAA